AGAUCACGAUCUCACACACCCUAGUGCUGCCUCCCUGACAGUAUGACUUCUCUCUCUCUCCUUCCUUCUUUCUUACAUUCUCUCUAUAUUUAUUCUGUACGUGUGAUUUCUCCUCUGUCUCUGUGUGCGAUGUUGGCUGGUUCUCUGUAUGGAUAUCUCCCCUCGUGGGGGAAAACACUGAUUCCACGCUGAACAGCUCUCUUCUUCUCUUCAUCUCUAGUUCUCUCACGUUAAGUGUAGUGGCGGUGGCUGGCUGUGUGUGUGAAUGUCUGUUCCCAUGGCGCAGCGGGAGACAGGCGGCACCAGCCCGGUGGUCCGGCAGAUAGACAAACAGUUCCUGGUCUGCAGCAUCUGUCUGGACCACUACCACAACCCUAAAGUCCUGCCCUGCCUGCACACCUUCUGUGAGAAUUGUUUACAGAACUACAUCCCUCCAGAGUCUCUGACGUUGUCGUGUCCUGUGUGUCGACAGACGUCCAUCCUACCAGAGAAAGGAGUAUCCGCUUUACAGAACAACUUCUUCAUCACUAACCUCAUGGAGGUCCUCCAGAGGGAUCCAGAGUGUUCGAGGCUUGAAGCCUGUAGUGUCCUGGAGUCAGUUAAUGCUGCUGCUGCAGGAAAACCCCUCUGUUGCCCCAACCACGAGGGCAAGGUGAUGGAGUUCUACUGCGAGUCGUGUGAGACCGCCAUGUGUCUGGAAUGUACAAAGGGAGAGCACAGAGAGCAUGUGACCGUCCCUCUGAGGGAUGUCCUGGAGCAGCACAAAACCCAACUGAAGACACAGCUAGACGCCAUACGCAAUAGACUGCCCCAGCUAACAGCAGCUAUAGAGCUGGUAGGGGAGAUCUCCAAGCAGCUGACAGACAGGAAGAACGAGGCGGUGACAGAGAUCAGUAGUACCUUCGAGGAGCUGGAGAGGGCGCUACAGCUCAGGAAGACAGCCCUCAUCAAUGACCUGGAGAACAUAUACAGUGCAAAGCAGAAGGUGCUCCAGGCCCAGCUCUCCUCUCUCCUCCAGGGGAAGGACCACAUCCAGAGCAGUUGUAGUUUUACUGAACAGGCCCUGAGCCACGGCAGUGCAACAGAGGUACUGAUGGUGCAGAAACAGAUGAGUGAGCGGGUUUCUGCCAUGGCCCGUCAUGACUUCCCUGAACGGCCUCACCAGAACGCACAUCUGGACUGUCAGGUAGAGACAGAGGGCCUCCGUCGCUCCCUCCAGAACCUGGGCGUCCUCAUUACUACGGCAGCUGUAGGCCACACCUCCGUCGCCACGGGAGAAGGACUACGCCACGCAGCAACCGGACAACAUGUCAGCGUCACCGUGACGACCAAAGACAAGGACGGCGAGCUGGUGCGGACAGGGAACGCGGCGCUGAGGGCCACUGUCACGCCGGUUGCCGACGGAAGCCGCAUCGUCACGGAACCGGAGGUGACGGACAAUAAGAACGGGACGUACGAGGUGGGAUACACACUUCGGUCCGAGGGGGAGUUCUCCUUCGCUCUGUCCCUCUACGGCCAGCCGCUACGGGGCAGUCCCUUCCGGCUGCAGGCGGUCAAGCCCUCGGAUGCGCUGCCGUCUCCGGAUGACGUGAAGAGGAGGCUGAAGAGUCCUGGCGGGACAGCGGGUCAUGUCAGACAGAAGGCUGUGAGGAGACCCUCCAGCAUGUUCAGCAUCAAAAAGAAGGAGAACCCCAUCGAGGAUGAACUCAUCCACAGAGUCGGUACGCGAGGGAGAGAGAAGGGCGAGUUCACCAACCUGCAGGGGAUCUCAGCCUCCAGCAAUGGCAGAGUGGUGGUAGCAGACAGUAACAACCAGUGUAUACAGGUGUUCUCCAAUGACGGGCAAUUCAAAAUGAGGUUUGGGGUCAGAGGUCGGUCGCCGGGGCAACUGCAGAGACCCACGGGCGUUACCGUGGAUAUGAACGGUGACAUCAUCGUGGCCGACUACGACAACAGAUGGGUCAGCAUCUUCUCCUCCGAUGGGAAGUUCAAGAAUAAGAUCGGGGCGGGGCGUCUGUUGGGCCCUAAGGGCGUGGCAGUGGACAGGAACGGACACAUCAUCGCCGUGGACAACAAGGCGUGCUGCGUCUUCAUCUUCCAGUCUAACGGGAAGCUGGUCACCAAGUUUGGCGCCAGGGGGACGUCCGAGAGACAGUUUGCAGAAAAAAGUGGUGCCCAUUUAAAUAGAUCUGGCCCAGUGUUCAGUCCACACUUUGUUGCGGUGAACAACAAGAAUGAAAUCAUUGUCACAGAUUUCCACAAUCAUUCUGUGAAGGUGUACAGUGCAGACGGUGAGUUCCUGUUUAAGUUUGGUUCCCAUGGCGAGGGGAACGGCCAGUUCAAUGCCCCCACCGGAGUUGCCGUGGAUACCAAUGGGAACAUCAUCGUGGCCGACUGGGGCAACAGCCGCAUACAGGUAUUUGACAGCGCUGGUUCCUUCCUGUCCUAUAUCAACACAUCAGCUGACCCUCUCUACGGCCCCCAGGGUCUGACCCUCACCUCUGAUGGACACGUGGCCGUAGCCGAUUCUGGAAACCACUGCUUCAAGAUCUACCGCUAUCUACAAUGAUAGAGAGAUGGAAGGAAGGAUCGGGAGGGAGAGAGAGAGAGAGAGAGAGAGAGAGAGGGACAUGGAGCCAUGGCUGACUCUUCAAAGGUUUGAGGGAUGGAUAGUAGGAGGGGUGGACAGAUGGAGGGACAGAGAGAUGGACCCACAGAACAACUGCUUCAAAGCCUACUGCUUCCUACAGUAGGAUGGAUGGAGAGUUGGACAGACCGAACCACGGUUCAUAUACUGCUUCCUACAGUAGGAUGGAUGGAUGGAUGGAUGGAUGGAUGGACCGGACCGGACCGGACCGAACCACGGUUCUCAUACUACUACCUACAGUAGAGGGAGCCCGUUGGGACUCUCCCCUGCAGCUUUACCUUGUUCCCCGUAUGGUACUUUCUGCAAAUUCCAUUCUGCCAAACUCUCCAGCCAGACAAGGGAGAACUGAACUCCCCUUUAGGAGGCUGGAGUGGAAUGGAAAAUAUGACUUUACCAUAGGGGAAUCAGAUAAAUACUUGACAACAGGAAAGUUAAUAUUAAACAGUGUUAAUAUGUCCAUACUUCAUACCCUGGUUGUGUCUAUUCCAUUGGGGACCACUUUGUAAACAAGUGGAAUCGAUUUAGCUUGUUAUCCCCUUGGGUUGUAGUCAGCCAUCUUUUACCCAUAAAUCUAAAAGAGUGUUACAUCCGCCAUUUUGUGUGAUCUAUAUAACCUUAUAUAGACGUACAUAAUGUAUAUUUGUUUUGUGUGUAGAGGUAUCUGAAUACUUUAGAUCAAUGCACUAUCUAGUUACGCUAUGUAGAAGAGCUCAACCACUUCACAAGAUACUGUAUGUGAGGUUGAACUGAAUGAAUUGCAAAUAUCAAGAGCACAAAGUUAUACACAUUUCUAUUUGUGUUCUUUUUCUAAAGAACUUAAACAAAGGACUUGUUUGUUUAAAACAUUUUUUAUUUCUACAUGAUUUUAUCUUUUAACAACAAACAAACAAAACAUGUUUUUAAAUCUAAUUUGCUGCUGUUUAGAUGUCCUCCUCUUCUUGGCCUCGGGUGUGUCCCAAUAAUUCCUCCUUCUUCCUGAAGUGUGCACUUGUUCGGGCUAAAGUGAGUUACCAUUUACCGUACCAGACAUGUCCUUGUAAUAGAGUGGACGUCCCCCGGGAAAUCAAAUCAAAUCACAUGUAUUUAUAUAGCCCUUCGUACAUCAGCUGAUAUCUCAAAGUGCUGUACAGAAACCCAGCCCAAAACCCCAAACAGCAAGCAUUGCAGGUGUAAAAGCACAAAUUAGUCUGUUUAAGAGAUAUCUGUAUUUUUGCAUGGGCUGCAUCUCAAUCCACCACAUCCGCCAACGUCGGCUGUCCACAUCUGUGGUGGAAGGUGGCAGAGCUACCAGCAGUGUUUGUUAGACCAGGAGACAUCCCCAAAAAUCGGUCUUCUCGUGAAAAGGCCUGUAGUGUUCGCACGGAAAGCUGAGACUCUCACAAAUGCGUUGGUGUUUUGCGUUGGUGUUUUGCUCUACGACCCCCCCCCCCCCCCCCCCCUGCUUGCUAAGGUCAGGGUUAGAGCUAGGGUUAAUAGAUAGUUAUUUGAAAUGUUACUGGUCGUCUUUGUCGAGCCAAAUAAAGUGUUAAUCUCAUGUCAAAACAAGCAGGAAGGAGGAAGGAGGAGUUAACGAAACAAAUUGUGAAUCUCCCCAAUAAAGGGAACUGGACACUUCUGGAGAAAGGAGAGAUUAUUGGAACGCAGGCCUUGUGAGACUGUAGCACUGAAACACUGCUCAUCAGCGCCCUCUAGUGGGGGAAACAUCCACAUCGACUAUUAUACUGAAAUAUAUUUUUGUACAUUGUUGUUGUUGGACAUUACACAAAGACGAUUACUUUCAAAGGAAUAAUUUAUAUAUAUAUAUGUAACUCUGUGUAUAUUCAAAUAUCGCUGUCUAUAUCAUAUUCCAAAAGUGUAUAUUACUUCCUUAUUGUUGUUGUGGCUGACGAAACCACUUCCUUAUUGUUGUUGUGGCUGACGAAAGCACUUCCUUAUUGUUGUUGUGGCUGACGAAAGCACUUCCUUAUUGUUGUUGUGGCUGACGAAACCACUUCCUUAUUGUUGUUGUGGCUGACGAAACCACUUCCUUAUUGUUGUUGUGGCUGACGAAAGCACUUCCUUAUUGUUGUUGUGGCUGACAAAAGCACUUCCUUAUUGUUGUUGUGGCUGACGAAAGCACUUCCUUAUUGUUGUUGUGGCUGACGAAAGCACUUUCUCCACGGGGGUUUGCCAGUAUUUGUACUUGUUCUGACUUUCAUAUCAAGUCACAUACACAUGUUUAGCAGAUGUUAUUGCGGGUGUAGUGAAAUGCUUGUGUUUCUAGCUCCAACAGUGCAGUAACAUCUAACAAUACACACAACAAUACACACACAUCUAAAAGUAACAUUAUGGAAUUAAUUAUUAUACACACAUUAGAUUGAGCAAUGUCAGAGUGGCAUUGAUUAAAAUACAGUAGAAUAGAAUACAGUACAUAUGAGAUGAGUAACACACUAUGUAAACAUUAUUUAAACCUUAUUAAAGUGACCAGUAUAUAUUCCAUGUAUAUAGGGCAACAGCCUCUAAGGUGCAGGGUUACGUAACCGGCUAGUGAUGGCUAUUUAACAGUCUGAUGGCCUUUCACUGUUCAGAAGGCUUUCUUUGUGGUAAAUGAGAAGCACAUUGCCAGUUAACAGACAAGGACAUGCGGAAAGAGUUCCACCCACAUGCAGUUUCUAAUUCAAGGGUGGCUCUUCCUGGAGACCUAUACCCUCCUGCAGGGUUUUGUUCCAGUCCUACUCAGAGCACACCUGAUUCUAUUAAUCAGCUCCUCCGCAGGAUAUAUACCUUUACCUAGGUAAAGUCAGUUAAGAACAAAUUCUUAUGUACAGGAACAUGUACAGGCCUAGGAACAGUGGUUAACUGCCUGUUCAGGGGCAGAACGACAGAUUUGUACCUUGUCAGCUCGGGGGUUUGAACUUACAACCUUCCGGUUACUUGUCCAACGCUCUACCCACAAGGCUACCCUGCCGCCCCGUAUAGGUAUAGGGCUGGAGCAAAAGCCUGCACGCCCAGUAGCUCUCCAAUAUGACGGAUGGCCAACCCUGUUCUAAUUUCCCCUGUUUGUGUGAAUAAAUCAUAUGCUCUGUGCUGCAUCUCAGUCCACCGCACCCCAGCUGCCGCUCCCGAGGCACUGCAACUCAGUGCUAGAGGUGUCACUACAGAUCCUGGAUCUGAUUCCAGGCUGUAUCACAGCGGUCUAAGACACUGCAACUCAGUGCUAGAGGUGUCACUACAGAUCCUGGUACUGAUUCCAGGUUGUAU